AUGGCCAUUCCAGAAGUCAACGCACCAAACGAAAGCCAUCAGAAUGGCGGACCUAAAGUCGCAAUUGUUGGAGCGGGGUUGACGGGUCUGAUCACGGCCCAUGGCCUCAAGAAGAAUGGAUUUGAGGUCACGGUCUUCGAGCGCGACGCGAGCAUUGAUGCGCGUCCCAGAGACUGGACGAUUCUGAUUCACUGGGGAAUGUCGACUUUGACCGAGAUGCUCCCCGACCACAUAGUCAAGAACUUUCCAAAGGCUUAUUGCAAUCCUCACCUGCAAUUCGAUGAUUGGGACGAGAGCGUCCUGGGGUACAACGCCCUUACUGGCGAGGUGUUGUUCCGGAACUCCACUCCCGGCGCCCGGCGAGUCAGCCGUCGUCGCUUCCGGGAGGUUCUGGCGGAGGACCUUGACAUCCAGUGGGGUAAAGGUCUCAAAGCGCUGGACAUCAUCGACGACGACUGUGUGCGACUUUCUUUCAAUGAUAAUUCAAACUUCGAUGCAAACUAUGUUCUGGGAACGGAUGGUGCGUCGUCAAAAGUUCGGGAGUUCCUGGUGGACGCCGAAGUUGCCAAACCGGUGCCCUCCGGCUUCAUGAUCGCCAACUGCAAUGUUAAGUACGGAGAUGAACAGAAAGUCAAUACGAUCGUGAAGGCACACUCAGUGUUUGCCUCCAUGCUUGGUUCUGGGGUUAUGGCUGGUUGUGGUGUCAUGGCUGUAAACGAUCCCAAAGACGUUGCCUCAUGGGAGACGUUCUGGGUCAAAGUCUGGAAAGGAGAGCCCGUGACUCUAGCUGGACAGGAAGCAAUUGACUUUGUCAAAAGUGACUUGGAGGGGUUUUGCGAGCCGUUCCGAUCCGCGAUAGAGUGGACACCGGACGGAAGUCUUUGCUACAUUGACGAAAUGAAGUAUUGGCUGCCGUCAGCAUGGCAAACUCAUGACGGAAAAGUCACACUCGCAGGCGACGCAGCCCAUCCGAUGCUCCCAUUCCGAGGUCAAGGUCUUCAACAUGCCAUCAUCGAUUCCGACAAGUAUGUUAAAGCCCUAAUUCUGCUGAGGAAGACUGGCGACACGGCAAUGAGAGAGGAAACCAUGACAUUGUACGGAGCUGAUGUUGUUGCACGUGGCUGCACCGCGGUUGCGCAAUCGCUCAGCGAGGCCGAGAAGGCAAUGAACAAGGACACCGUCAGCAAGAUGCUUAUGGUUACUCAAGGACACGGCAGGUCUAUUUGA